AUGCUCGCUCGCGGGCUCCGCCGCCGCCUGUGCCGCGGCCUGCGUCCGGCCCCGCUGCGGCCCCGAAGUCCGGCCCCGAAGUCCGGCCCCGCGCCCGCGCCCGUGUCCCGUGUCCCCGGGCGGCGCGAGUGCGCGUCGGCGAGUGCCCGCCGCCCGCAUGCUGCGCUGGCUGAUCGGGGGCGGCCGGGAGCCCCCGGGGCUGGCCGAGAAGUCUCCCUUGCAGUCAAUAGGUGAAGAGCAAACCCAGAACCCCUACACCGAGCUGCUGGUGCUGAAAGCUCACCAUGACAUCGUGCGAUUCCUGGUGCGGUUGGACGAGUACAGAUUUGCAUCAGCUGGUGAUGAUGGCAUUGUGGUUGUAUGGAAUGCACAGACAGGAGAAGAGCUUUGGGAACUCACUGGACACACUCAGAAGAUAACAGCUGUCGCUGCGCUCCCUUCCCUGGACUCCUGUGGCGAGCGCCCCCUCCUCCUGACAGCCUCUGCGGACAGAACAGUGGGCGUAUGGGAUAGUGGUACUGGCAGACAAGUUCAGAGAUUAUCAUGUUUCCAGUCCACUGUAAAGUGUUUAACGGUUCUUCAGGGACUGGACGUCUGGCUGUCUGGUGGGGAUGACCUGUGUGUGUGGAGCCGGAAGUUAGACCUCCUGUGUAAGACCGACCACCUCUCCGAUACAGGGAUCAGUGCUUUGGUUGAAAUACCGAAGAACUGUGUCGUGGCAGCAGUUGGCAGAGAGCUGAUCAUUUUCAGGUUGGUGGCACCCUCGGAAGGAUCCCUGGAGUGGGACAUUGUGGAAGCUAAGCGCCUCCUCGGUCACCAGGAUCAUAUUCUGUCCUUGGUCAAUGUCAACGGCAGCUCAUCUCGUGCUCAGAAGACGGCAGUGUGCGCAUCUGGGCGCUACGUGAAGCCCAGCAGGCUGCAGCCGAGCCCGUGCCCACAGGGUUCUUCAACAUGUGGGGAUUUGGGAGAGUGAACAAGCAGGCCAGCCCGCCUGCUAGGAAACCAGAAGUCGCCACUUCCUGCUCGCUGGAGCUCAUCGGAGACCUCAUCGGCCACUCCUCCUCGGUGGAGAUGGUUCUGUACUUCGAAGAGCACGGCCUGGUGACGUGUUCGGCCGACCAUCUCAUCGUUCUGUGGAAGAAGGGGGCGCGCGAGUCUGAGCGGCGCAGCUUACAGCUGUUUCAAAAACUGGAGGAGCAGGGGGGCUUGCACCGCGCCGCCUAGCCGAGCCCCGCGGCCCGGUGAGUGUGCACCGUGACAGGGCCCGGCACUCGCUGCAGUCCUCAUCGUUCUCUCAGCAGUAGUGCUCUGAAUGUACCCGCGGCCUGAAGAGAUCAUUAAAAUGUUAGUUCUAGUUACAAAGUGAGAA